GCGCCCCGGCAGGCAGCGAAGUAAACUGACCUUCUCCUCGGCCUCGUCGCUGCUCGUCCCGGAGCCUGACGAGGACCUUGAAUGUUUUUCAGCAGUUUGAUUUCUCCUCGUGAUUUGUUUUCCACGCGCAGCCAUGUCCGCAACGCUGGAGAUCCCCGAGCUGCAGGACCUGAAAGUGGAUGAGAUUACUUGUAGGCAAAUCAAGGGUAACUGUGCAGAGUCAUUCACGGAGUACUGGACCUGUCUGGAUUAUUCCAACUUGGUGGAACUGCGCCGGUGCCGUCAGCAGCAGAACGCCUUCGACAGCUGUGUCCUCGACAAGCUGGGCUGGGUGCGACCUGAACUAGGAGACCUGUCUAAGGUGACCAAAGUGUCGACCUCGCGGCCGAUCCCUGAGAACCCUUACCACUCUAGACCACGUCCUGAGCCCAACCCAGUCAUCGAGGGGAAACUGGAACCAGCCAAGCAUGGCAGCAGGUUUUUCUUCUGGACCUGGUGAGGCAGCACCAGAACAGUCAGUCAUCUUCCAAAUCCAUGGGCCCUGUCCAAAACCUGCUAUUCCACAUGUGACCAGUAAUGCAUCUUUGUUACUUAAGAAGGUUUAAAUCUCCCAGGUGUGGGCACAAUGAUUUCAAUUACUGGUUCUAAAACUUGAACGUUAUUUCUGAGUGUUGGUUUUGGACAGGGCUCGUGUCCCGACAGUCUGUCCAGCAGUUGUACUGUACCUCCACCAUCACACAGUUUGAUAAGGGAAGGAAGGAUGGAUGGAUGAUUGUGUAAACAAGUCCAUGAAUCCAUGCAGCUUUCCUGACCACUUAUGUAAAUGUAAUUAGUGAACAAAAAGCAACAUGCUGUUAUUGUUGUUGUCAGCUAAUAAAAGAGAUAAAUUAUAA